AGCUCUGCCCGGAGCCUGGUCAGUGCCAAGCCGGGAUGGGGGACAUCCACUGUGUCCUUUGCUGUGACUGGAAGGGUGUUUCCAGUGUCUGUGGCGUGUCCCGCCUGUCCCGUUCUCAGUGUGUUCCCCUCUCUGACUGCAUAACAAAAGAUAACUGGGUAUUGUUUGUGUCCCAGCUCUAUUUUGGCUACUGUUGCUCUGCUGUCCCCCCUAUGUCUCCUGGGACUUCUUGUUGCUGAAAACCGGCUUUGUGCUGGGUACCCGGAGCCUGCACCCUGGUGCUGCCUUCAGCUUUCACGGUGGUUUUGAAUUUUGUCCACAUAAAUGUUUAUCCCUCGUCCUUCCUGGUAGUGUGGGAUGCCAGCACUGCAGUUUGGGGGGACCAGGCUGGUGUAGCAGGAGGGGAGGCUUAUGGUCUCUGAGCAGCUGCAGGACCAAAUCUCUGCUGGGUACCUGACGGCCUGGCUUGUUCCCAGCUCCCUGUGGCCUCCGGGCAGCAUCAGCCUGUCGGCACCGUCCCUGCUGCCCCCUGCCCUGCCCUGGCCGGCCCUGGCAGCGGAGGGGCGAGGAGGCAGGGCCGGGGAGUUAGCUCAGGUCUCUGCUAUGUGACACGUCUGUGUCUCUUGGCUCCAGGCGCUGCUGCGAGGCGUGGAGCUGUUUGUGCUCACACGAGUUUCCGGAGCACCCCGAGGUCCCCGGAGCUCACUGCAUCCCGAAUCCCGCUGCGGGGACGCGCAUGUGGGUGCUGCCCGUGCAGAGUGACACGUUCCCAGAUCCCUCGCUGUCGUGGCCCCUUCAUCCUGCCUUGCCGGGAGGGCGUUGGAAAAGCACUGAUAUCAUCGGCACAGAGCCUGACUCAUCCUGGCUCUUCAGCACAAGCCGUGCCGCUCAGCGGGGCACACAUUUUAUUCCAAUUAAACCAUUGCAGGCAAGCCAGCUCUACAUAAUGAUUUUUUUUUUUUUUCCCACUCGUAGCAAAGCGUGCCUGCCCCGGGCCAAAAGGUGAGAGGGGACAGAAGUGACGCUGGAGUCAGUGGAGAAUCUCCACCUCUGGUACAGAGCCCUAAGAAUAAGUCUUGCCAGAAACUGCAGGGUCUGUGUCGGCUGCCGCAGCAUCCCUGCUCCCCUGUGCCUCCAGUGCAGGCUCACAGCACUGCCUCGUGUCAAGAGUCCUCACCCUCACCGCAAAUGCCCAGGUUGGAAUGUCACCUCUUCUCUCCACGACACGCAGUCCAGCUCCUGCCAAAAGACCCCAGGAGGGGCAGCAUCAAAGUGCCCCUGUCACUGUGAGAAAAUGUAAGGUGACUUGUUCCUCCUGCCCUUCCUGCUCAGGUUUUUCCCCUUUAUUAGAGGUUUGGGAGGUGAGUCAGGGAGCUGCGGGGUGAGGAUGGAGCUGCGGAGGAAUCGGCAGCUGAGGAAAAGGCAAACCAGUUCCAGGCACAGGUGAAUCACUUGCUGGUGAAAAUACAUCUUAUUCUCUGGGAGGCAUGCGUGGAUGGGCUGGGAGUGAGCUGCAGCUUGACUCCAUCAGAAAAUUGUGGAGUCAAGAAAAAAAUAAAACGAGGCAAGGCAAGGCUGCUUUUCCAGUAAAUGAGGCGAUACAUUGCAAGGGAGCAGCCUGCAGCCGGCAAAGCUCCAGCAGCCCCGUGGUCCUGUGGCUCCCUUAAAAGGGGUGAUUUUAGCCUGGGACAGCGGGGAGACAGAAAAGCCAUAAACACCCUCAGAGGAAUGUGGCUGCCGAGAAACGAGAAUCUCCGCAGGCGAGGCGAGGUGGGGGGAGCCUGGGUGGGGUUUGCACCACCUCUCCAUGCCUGGAGCCAGCCGGUUCCUUGGCCAUGCCCUGUCCCGAGAGAAAACCGCCUGUCCCAGUGCUGACAGUCCCUGUGUGGUGCUGGGAGAGGCUUCUGCCAAGCCCCGGGGGUUAUGUCCCCGUGUCCUCGGGCCCCAUGUCAUACAGACAUUCCUGGUUGCCAGCUGCUGGCACGAGAGCAGGUAGAGUGGGAGGUGCUGUGCAGGCAGCAGGACACCAGCCUCGGCCAAAGAAGGAGCAGGCAGGGCUGGUGGAGGGUGCCUGUCCCAGAGGAAUUUCCUUUUCAUCAUAUCCCACUUGUUUAUGGGCAGCUGAGCUAUUCUGCACAGACUUUGCUCUUAGUGCCAUGGAGCAACCCUGUGUGUCCUGGGGCAUUGUGGAGGUUCUUGGGAAGAGCCCUUGGGGCUGGCUUGUCCCUGCAGGUAGCUGUGGGCAUGUGGUGAUACCUCUGGGCCAGGCUCUCCCCUGUGUGUCCCAGGCUGGUGGCAAAUGUGCCUGACUGAGAUGACCAUGCUGCUUGCUUUUCUUCCAGGACUGAUGAAGCUGCAGCAUGUGGCACUUGUCUGUAAAUAAAUGCUGUAGCUCGUUGUUUCUGUUGAUCUUUCAUAAAGAAAUAGUAUUUGGUUUUCACAUCCCAGCUCUUUUUGCAUUAGAUUUGGGUACAUGCAGUGUUUGCAGAGUUGUGGUUUCCAAUUGCUCCGGGUUCCUGGAGCUGGAGGUGUCUGGGUGUGGUGGCACAGCUGCCCUGGGGGUGAGGGUACCUGUGCACAGAGGGGUCCCACUUAUGAGGGUCCUGGUACUAGUCGUGUUCAUGAGCUGGUGCAAAGCAGCGUCCCCGAGAACAAAGCUGUCCCCAGCAAAGAGAGGGGGCUGACAUGACCAGCCUCCACAGCAAUGCCACCAAAGCAGGCAGGAAACUUUCUGUUCCCCUUCUUGCUGGAGCCAAAGGGAUUCCUGGAGCUAGAGCUGGGAUCAAGCCACAGACAUACAAAAUCCCAAAUAAUGGCACAAAGGCCAUGCAGGCUUGGGAAUUACUGAGCCAGGGUCUGGGCAGAAGGUUUUGGAGCUGUAGACAUUGAUGUUUAGUCCUUUGACCUUUCAAACACUCUGGGUUUUGCUUCCCACCCUUCAUUGUGUUCUCCUGUGCUGUUCAAGAGACUCAAGCCGAGCAAAGAGUUCCUCGCCCUGUCCGGAAUCCUGCUGCUGGCAGCGGGCACUGUCCCACGUCCCCGACUCGUGCCGCACCUUGAGUGGGCAGCAGCGGCUGUGGUGGGCAGGGGGUGGGGGCCUUUAGGGUGAGGGUGCUGCUACCGGGGCGCCGUGGGCGCUGGUUCCUGGAGGUGGAUGCAGAGUGUGGGCAGCGGUGGAUGCUGGCGGAGUACCGGCGAGAUGCGAUGCGGGAUCUCGGGGCUGCGGGGCGAGGGGCCGGGGGUGUCCCUGGACGCUCGGUGGCCUCGGCCCAGCCCCCUCCUUAAUUAGCUGCGGCCGAAGCCGCUCAUUAGCGGCGGCUGGGGACGGGUGCCCUCCCCGCGGAGGCGGGAGGGAGGGGAGCGCCGCCGGCCCCGGAGGUGCGGGCACCGGCACCGGCAGCGGAGCGGGGCUGGAGCCCGAGCCCGAGCCCGGCGGAGGGAUGGGACAGCGGCGGGGCCCGGCCGUGCUGCUCCUCGCCCUGGGGCACCUGGCCGGGCUGCUGGCAGCGGGACCCGCUUGUGCCGACGCUUACCGCGGCCUCUCGGACUGCGUCCUCAAGCUGGGGGACAGCAUGGCCACGUACGAGGAGGAGGAGGGCAUCGAGCUGCAGGGGCUGCGCCGAGUCUGCAGGUAUUGGGAUGAAUUCCACACCUGUACCCUGACAGUGCUCUGGGAAUGCCAGAAGGAAGCAGCAGCUGUCUGGGAGACGCUGAGACGGGAGUCCCGAAAAAACAAAUUUCAAGGCAGCUUGUUCGACCUCUGCAGCCCCAGCAUGGCCCAAAGCUCUGCCUGGACCCGUGUUCCCAACAUUUCCAUCCUCAGCAUGCCCCUCCUCGUCACUUGGCUGAACUUAUAAACUGCAGCUCUGUGAGUAUCCCAGCAAAAGUGGUGGCAGUGUGUGGUGUGGCAUCUUUCAGAUCUAUUUUCCAAAUCUUUGAGGAAUACACUGCGUGGAACUCAGAAACUCCCGGCUCCACCCUGCACCUGUGAGACAUGGAAAAGCUUGGCAGCAUCUCCAGGGUGUUGAAAUUUCUCUGUAAUUUGGAAUAACUCCUCUCCCACUUCUGCCUCAAGGUACAGGCACAGAUCUGGCUGACAGGAGAUUUGGGAACUUGUAAAUACAGGGCACGGGAUUUGGGGAGAAAUGAUAAAUUCUGGAAAAAGGAUGAAUGCUGGAUACUUCUGCACUCUUCUGUGGCAACUGAAAGGAAAUCUGUUUAUUUUGCUGACUCUUUCCACCAGAUAAACUCUCCAAGGUUUUGAUUUGGGUACUCAAAAGAUGGGUAUUUCCCCCACUGCUCCAUGAGGUACAGGGGAUGGUGUCUAUCCUAUACUGGCCUUUCUUCUUUGAGGACAUGGUAAAACCCCAGCUGAACAAUAAUCACAGUUGCAUGACUUCUCUUGCACACAUCUGAAUUCCUGAGUAACUUCUGUGUUAUGUGUAAAUCCCUUUUCUGUGGACAGAGGUGAAAAAUACCUGGGGGGAGAGGGAGUAUCAAGCUAGGAGGACAAAAGGGAUUUAUAGCAACUCUUCUGCUUUAAAGCUUUCCCCAAGGUACCUGUAAGCAGCUGUGGGUAGAAGUGUGUAAUUCCAGAGUAUUAAAGUUUGUUGUAGAGCCAA